AUUAUGUGUGUACAUUUGGUCAGAAAAGAAGAAACCGAUCAGAUGGAGUCAGACCUGGAACACCGUAAGUGUAUAAUUUUGUUUAAUCCAGUUUUUAUCAGUUAUAAGUGCAUGGGUUGUAUGUCAAGUUUCAGUGUGAACACUGUCAACGGAAGUCUGGUUGUUGGUGAUAUGAGGGGUGAACAUAAUCAUCCGUGUACACAAGAGUAUAUGAUGGUUGACCAUAGCAGACGUAAUCUCUCCGGAAUGCAGAGAGUCAUAGUUGAUAUAGUGGAAUGUAUGAUUUCAACUUUUGAAUUGAGAAAUACAGUAUUAAUUGAAUUCGGGAAAUAUGUUAGCCGACAAGAUGUCGUUAAAUUGAAACAGAAGAUGACCGCAAGUACACAUAUAUGUAACACAAUUGCUUUAUCUUCCUGAAGGUAUGAACAGUAUGCAUUCGGUUCUGCAAUUAUUACGGUCGACAGGAGAGGUUAGAACGAAGAGUUCCAAUGGUCAGCUUGA